AUGUCACUCAGCCCACCUGUCAACGGGACCGGUCGACCCGUAAUGGCUACUACAGUCAUCAAAAUUGACGGUAUGACUUGCGGUGCAUGCACCUCUGCGGUCGAAGGCGCAUUUAAAGGGGUAGCUGGUGCGCAAGAUGUCUCCGUUAGUCUUAUUAUGGGCAGGGCUGUCGUACAACAUGACCCUUCUGUGUUACCGCCGGCGAAAAUUGCGGAGAUGAUUGAAGACUGCGGAUUCGAUGCAGCUGUACUGUCAACCGAGGAACAGGCAACUCCCGAUAACACGCCCGAUUCCAAGGCCAAGCAACUUUCGGUUACCAACUUAGCGGUUGAAGGUAUGACAUGCGGCGCAUGUACAUCUGCAGUGGAAAGUGGAUUGAAAAAUACCAACGGUGUGUACUCGGUGGAUGUAUCACUACUUUCUGAGCGUGCAGCUGUGGAGCAUGAUGCCGACAUCAUCACGCCGGAGCAGAUCACAGAGCUCAUUGAGGACCGAGGGUUUGGUGCACGGGUGUUGGACACAUCCCUUUCUGGACCCCAGGCACCAUCAACACCGGUCGGCUCGGAAGAAAAGUCCGGGCUUCUGGUCACCACUAUAGCUAUUGGGGGCAUGACCUGCGGCGCUUGCACAUCUAGCGUCCAGGGGGCCCUAAGUACUGUGGAUGGAGUGAUCCAAUUCAACAUCAGCCUCUUGGCUGAGCGGGCGGUAGUUGUUCACGACUCAACAAUACUGCCUGCCCACAAAAUUUCUGAUCUCAUCGAAGACGCCGGGUUUGAUGCGUCGAUCGUAUCAUCUGAGGCGCAGGCGCCUUUAUCAAAGAAGACGCAGCAGAUAAAUCUGAGUCUGCAUGGACUGCGAGACGGUGUAUCUGCAACUGCAUUGGAAGACAAGCUUUUACAGCAUGCCGGCAUCCAUUCGGCGUCGAUUAAAUUGGCUAACUCACGAAUACUAAUUGCCUUUGAUCCUUCCGUCAUCGGCAUUCGGUCCGUGGUAGAAGUGAUUGAGUCCGCUGGUUACAACGCCUUGAUGGUUGAUUCGGACGACACCAACGCACAGCUGCAGUCAUUGUCGAAAACGAAGGAAAUCCAAGAUUGGAGAAGGUCAUUCAUCACCGCUGCCUCCUUUGCAGUUCCUGUCUUCCUCAUCAGCAUGAUUCUCCCAAUGUAUUUGCCUAGUCUUGACUUUGGAAAGUUCGAAUUGAUCCCCGGUCUCUACCUGGGAGACUUGGUCUGUCUCUUUUUGACUAUUCCGGUACAAUUCGGUAUUGGCAGACGAUUUUAUAUCACCAGCUAUAAGUCCUUGAGGCACCGUUCUCCAACCAUGGAUGUUCUUGUGAUGCUUGGAACCUCGGCUGCCUUCUUCUACAGUUGCUUCACUAUGUUGAUGGCGCUUUGCAGUAUGGACCACAAGCGUCCUAGCACUGUGUUUGAUACUAGUACUAUGCUCAUCACGUUUAUCACUCUUGGAAGGUGGUUAGAAAAUCGAGCCAAGGGUCAGACAUCCGCUGCCCUGUCUCGCCUCAUGUCUCUGACUCCAUCUAUGACUACGAUUUACGAAGAUCCUAUUGCGGCAGAAAAGCUAGCCGAGCACUGGGCCUCGAAGCCUACACCUGGCGCACCUAAGCAACCCACUUUGGUGCAAGACAUGACCGUGACCCAUAAAUGCAUUCCCACGGAGCUCAUUCAAGUCGGCGACAUCGUGAUUCUUCACCCUGGAGAUAAAGUGUCUGCCGAUGGUGUGGUGAUCAGAGGCGAAAGCUAUGUUGACGAGAGUAUGAUCAGUGGAGAGGCACUGCCAAUCCACAAAAGGAAAGGCAGCCAGGUCAUCGCUGGUACCGUGAACGGCACAAACUCGAUUGACUUCAAGGUCAUCCGUGCCGGCAAGGAUACCCAAUUGAGUCAGAUCGUGAAACUUGUUCAGGAUGCACAGACUAGCCGUGCUCCCAUCCAGCGCAUGGCUGAUAUAGUCGCCGGUUACUUCGUGCCUGCCAUCAUUAGUCUUGGAUUGAUCACCUUCUUUGGAUGGAUGUUCCUCAGUCACAUACUGCCACAUCCACCAAUGAUCUUCGAAGUUGCAGGCAGCGGCGGCCGAGUCAUGGUCUGCCUAAAAUUGUGUAUCUCUGUCAUCGUCUUCGCUUGUCCCUGUGCCUUAGGUCUCAGUACACCAACCGCAGUCAUGGUUGGCACUGGGGUUGGCGCAGAGAAUGGCAUUCUCGUCAAAGGUGGCGCCGUCCUGGAAGCCGCCACCAAGAUUACUCAUGUUGUCUUCGACAAGACUGGCACCUUGACUUCAGGUAAGAUGAGCGUCGCCCACACUCGGAUCGAGCCUCAGUGGACCAUGAACGACUGGCGCCGCCAGCUUUGGUGGCUCGUUGUUGGUCUCGCCGAGACGGGCAGUGAACAUCCAAUUGGAAAAGCGAUCCUGUCCGCGGCCAUGACAGAAUCCGGCCACCCAGGAGAGGACGGACUUCCAGGUGUCAUGGGUGACUUUGAUAACUGUGUUGGCAAGGGUGUUUAUGCCGUCGUCGAACCCACCUCUGGCGGCGAGCGCAUCCGGCACCAGGUCCUCCUGGGUAACGCCGAUUUCCUCCGAUCGAAAGACGUGCCUGUGCCUGCAGACGCAGACCCAGACUCUGUUGCGUCAGGAUCUGCAGUGGCUGAAACCCCGGAUACCAAUGUGCCCAAGCCUGGCAGCACAGGAUCUGGUAUUACGCGUAUCCACGUCGCCAUCGACAACCGUUAUGCCGGAACCAUCUCCCUCCGCGACACAGUGAAAGACACAGCAAGAGCCGCAGUAGCAGCCCUGCACCGCAUGGGUAUCUCAACAUCAAUGGUAACAGGCGACACGCUUUCAACGGCGAUAUCAAUCGCCACGGCCGUAGGAAUUUCAACAGACUCGAUCCACGCCUCCGUCUCACCAUCUAAGAAACGUGAAAUUGUCUCCACCCUCCAAGCAGAAGGCGAACUUGUCGCCAUGGUCGGCGACGGCAUCAACGAUUCCCCCGCGCUGGCAACAGCCUCCGUUGGAAUCGCCCUCGCCUCCGGCACAGACGUUGCAGUUGAAGCAGCUGAUAUCGUUCUGAUGCGCCCCGACGACCUCCUCUCUGUACCGGCCAGUCUAUCUCUCUCGCGCUCUGUGUUCAACCGUAUCAAAAUGAAUCUGAUCUGGGCUUGUCUGUACAACGUCAUUGGCCUGCCAUUCGCCAUGGGCCUCUUCCUUCCAUUCACUGGUUUCAUGCUACCGCCCAUGGCCGCCGGUGCUGCCAUGGCCCUUUCCAGUGUCUCUGUCGUCGUUAGCAGUCUGCUUCUGAAGCUGUGGCGCCGCCCAUCUUGGAUGCAGACUGAGCGCCUGGAGAAGGAGCUGCGCUCCGGUGCGAUCUCUUCGGCUAAUGCCCGGCGUACCCAUGCUCGUAUGGCUAGUUGGUGGGCCCCUGCUACUAUUCUGUCAGAUGAUCCACGGUCUUUGCGUAGCCGUGUCAGUGGUCUGUUCUCUUCGCUUUGGUCCCUGAGUACUGGCAAAACGCGCGCUGUCAGGGAAGAUGAAGGUUACGUCCCUCUGCAGACGGUUGAGCCACCUGUUUAA